UUUCUGUUGGUGAAAGAUACAAGCUUUUGAGACAGAGCUCAUCUUCCAGUUUGGGAAAGGUUCUCCUUGCAUCCCAGCAAAAGAAACUGAGCUUGGCAAAGCCAGGAUAUGAACAAUUAUACAGGUGGGCUACUCUGGCGGAGUGAAGAUACAAGGCAUCCAAUCAGGCAUUGGCAACCUGCAGAACUGUCAAAAUGCCCCUCCAACAGAUUUCUGUAGUCCCAGCGCGGGAGACUGCCAGCAAUGGGAGAAGUUCAAUGGGCAGAAACAAAGAGAAGAGCAAGGAAGUCGAGAAUGACAAAUCCCCAGGGCGCUCUACAAGUCGAUCAAGUAACAUUUCAAAGGCAAGCAGUCCUACAACAGGAACAGCUCCUAGGAGUCAGUCACGGUUGUCUGUAUGCCCUUCUACUCAGGACAUCUGUAGGAUCUGUCACUGUGAGGGAGAUGAUGAAAGCCCCCUCAUCACACCAUGUCGCUGUACGGGGACCCUACGCUUUGUUCAUCAGGCCUGUCUGCACCAGUGGAUUAAAAGCUCAGAUACACGCUGUUGUGAACUCUGCAAGUAUGACUUUAUAAUGGAGACCAAGCUCAAACCUCUCCGGAAGUGGGAGAAACUACAGAUGACAACAAGUGAAAGGAGGAAGAUAGUCUGUUCAGUUACAUUCCAUAUUAUUGCUAUUACCUGCGUUGUUUGGUCAUUAUAUGUUUUAAUAGAUCGGACUGCUGAGGAAAUUAAGCAAGGCAAUGACAAUGGUGUCCUUGAAUGGCCAUUUUGGACAAAACUGGUUGUGGUAGCAAUUGGGUUCACUGGAGGCCUAGUCUUCAUGUACGUACAGUGUAAAGUCUACAUUCAGUUGUGGCGCAGAUUGAAGGCUUACAAUCGAGUGAUCUUUGUUCAAAACUGUCCAGACGCUGCCAAAAAACUGGAGAAGAACUCUUCAUGCAUUCAGAACUCUGAAACCAAGGAUGCUGUGGUAGUACCAGUAUCACAGACAGGUACAAACUCACAGCAAUCAGCUGAAGAAAUGACCUCUGAGGUCAUGCCAGUUUGACAGAGGUGGCAUUAUUUCUUCAUUGAAAGUGUUUGUGUUUUUUUUCACCACGGCCACUACAGAAAGUAGAAACAAUCAUGCAUUUUAAAUAAAAGAACAAAAAACCCUGACCAGGGAAAUGGAUACAGUGAAGCAACAUGCAUUACUUAUGGAAUGUGACCACUUGUGAACUAGUUUUUCAGUCAGCCAGGUGUAGUGGAAGUGUAGAAAGCACAACAGAUAACAAUUCUAACAGACAGUGUCAAACAGACAUGACAAAAUGACCUUUUGAAACUGGAUGACCAGGAGGAAUUGGAAACAGACCUGCUACAACUGUUCUGUUACAGAAAACAUCAACAACUUUCCAUCUAUUUGUUACCACUAGGCAUCCUAUUUGCUAAUCAUCAUCAUCUUAAAAAUACACUUCAAGGUGACACUACUAAAAAGUCAUUCGCAUUAAACUUAUGUCAACAAAGUAAACAGACCUGCACCAUGUCACUCACUUUCUAAAUCUCAAAGUAAUCGUUAAAUAGUUGAAUGGCUACAUUGGAGCCUGAAUGUCUUGGCAGCCAUGUGAGCUGAGGAUAUGUAAAGCACACAUUCAAUGCUUCUGAAUAGAUGUUUACUUGUUGAAAUUGCUUAUUUUGAAGAAAAAAAAAGUCUUCAAGUCCUCUAACUGCCUCAAACAAUUCCUUGGUCCUAUAAAAUACAAGUAUUAUUUAGCCACAAGGCUAAAAUUAUUAGCUCUACAACACUUUUAGUGCUGCUUAUCUUAAAGUAAAAUAAAUGACACUUGUUAAGUGGUGAAUUGACAUGAACUCUGCCAAUAUAUGUAGAAAGGAUAUAUAGAAAGUUUUUCUCCAAAAUGGAAAAAGACAAAAGUAUAAUCGGAGGCAUUACAGGUUGAAGCCUGCAGUCCAUUACAAAAGAAUAUGAAAUGAAUGUAUACCCUCACACCCUAGCAUGACAGUUAAAGAUGGAGUGGGGGCAGAAUUUUUUAAGAGUUCCUGCUUCAGCAAUUAAGGUAAUCACAAAAGAGCAUACCUGGACUUAUUAAAAGAUGCCAGUAUCGCCCUGUUCUGACUUGACUGGAUAGUUCUCCUCUGUUCAGGAUUGAGCGAUUAGGGAUUCAACAGUUCAGUUGUUAAUUUUGUGUUUUGAGCAUUUUCAUGUAAAACUGAAGUGUGAAUAAGAGUGCAAUAGAUAAAUGAAUGUAGAUAAAAAGAUAUCCAACAAAGGUGAGUUAUAUAAAGAAUUCUGUGAUUCA